GAGCCCGGUCCYGUUUUGCUGCCAGCUGGCACCGAGYGGGCUGGGGGCUUGYGGCAAGCAGGCACCAUGCUGGCCCCCACGAAGGGGCUGCUCUGCAACCUCAACCACAUCCACCUGCAGCACAUCUCGCUGGGGCUGCACCUCUCGCGGCACCCCGAGCUGCAGGAGAGCCCGGGCGGCCCCGCGGGCUGCGGCGCCUGUGGAGACAGCGGCGGCGGCAGCCUCGACGCCAACUCCAACAGCCCCUGCACCAAGUGCCGCUGCUGCGAGGCCCACGGGCUGCGCAACCGGCCGCCGCAGGAGCCGCUGCCCUGCCUGCCGGCCACGGGUGACGCGGCUUCGCCCUGCGACCCGCCAUCCACCUCCUCCUCCGUGAGCAGCUGCUCUGAUUUCAGCCUGGAUGAGUCCCCAGUCUCGGUGUACUGCAGGGCGCCGGUGUCRGAAGAGCCCCGCUUCCUGGCGAGCCAGCCUGGCGCGGCGCCCGCUGAGGAGGCCCCGCUGCUGGCAGGGCAGGGGGACCCCUGCGGCGAGGGGGACCCGGCCGUGGCGGCCGUGGUGGCUCCCAGAGCAGCCACGCCGCCCGUGGAGCCCCCCGACAGCCUCUGCAGCAGCAGCAGCAGCAGCAGCAGUGGCGGCAGCUCCCUGGAUUCCUGCUCCGAGAAGCCCCAUCCGGCCCCGGAGCCUCCCAGCGGCACCGCGCCAGACCCCAAUUGCAACACGGUGCCCGCGCGCUGGGACCACAACCGCAACGUCCCCCCGCCCGUGCCGCCCCGGCCGCGGCGGGCGCUGCGGGAGCCGCGCGGUGACGCCGCCAAGACCAUCACCUCCUUCCACGAGCUGGCACAGAAGCGCAAGCGCCCGGCGGCCCCGGUCCCGGCGCCGGCCCGGGGCGACCGCAGUGACUGGCUCAUCGUCUUCUCKCCCGACACGGAGCUGCCGCCGCCCGGGCGCUUGGCGCCCGUUACCGGGAGCCCCGCCGGGCCCCAGGCGCCGGCAAGGCCUCCGGCCCGCGGGCCGCGCGAGGUGACCACGUUCAAGGAGCUGCGUUACCGCAGCCCGUCGGGGUGGCCGGGCGUGGCGGCGGGGACGGGGCUGACCCCCGCGCUCCCCCCAGCCCUGCUCGUGGCCGUCAGCGCCUCCGUGGACCGAAUCGUGGCCCAUUUCAGCACGGCCCGCAACCUGGUGCAGAAGACACAGCUUGGGGACAGCUGGCUCAGCCCGGACGUGGGCUACCUGCUGCUGCACACGCUGUGCCCCGCGCUCUGCGCCUUGGUGGAGGACGGGCUGAAGCCCUUCCAGAAGGACGUCAUCACGGGCCAGCGCAGGACGUCGCCCUGGAGCGUGGUGGAGGCCUCGGCCAAGCCAGGCCCCGGCACGCGGGCGCUGCACGCGCUCUGCUGCCGCGUGGGGCGCCUGGCGCCGCUCACCGGCGCCCGCCAGCGUUUCCAUGCCUUCGUCCUGGGGCUGCUCAACACCAAGCAGCUGGAGCUGUGGCUCUCCCACCUGCACAAGAGCCCGGGGGUGGUCUCCGCGCUCUACCUGCCCUCGUCCUUCCUGGCGCUGAGCCAGGGCYGGCUGCCGCAGCUGGCGGACGAGCUGCUGCUGCUCAUCCAGCCGCUCUCGGUGCUCACCUUCCACCUGGACCUGCUCUUCGAGCACCACCACCUCUCCGUGGAUGUGAGGCCUGCGGCCCCACGGCCACCCUUGCCACCCGGGCGCCCRCCCAGUGUCGCGCCAACCCCUGCCCAGCACCGCCAGGGAGGUGCGGGGGCUCCGCCGGGGCCUGACGCCCACGCCGAUGGCACCGCGGAGGGCGCCCCGGCCGCGGUGCCGCCGGUGGGCACUGCCCUGCAGCAGACGCUGCAGCACGUGCGGCGCUGGGGCGACCAGCUGGGCCGCAGCCUGCUGGGCACCGCGGCCGCCGGGCCGGAGCCGGGGGCCGUGGCUGGGGGCCUGGGCGCCUGGUGGCAGCAGCGGAGCCGGGGCUGCCGUCACAGCACCGCCCCGAGCGGGGCCGUGGUGCCCCAGGGCCGCUGGGCGAAGCCAGGGGCGGCCGCGCACGACCAGGCGGGCACGGAGCUGCGCCCGCUGCCGAGCGCGGAGCCCGGCGCCCUCGUCCCUCCGGACGCGGCUGCCRCCGAGGCCCAGGGCGAGCGGCUGCCACCGGCCUCCCCGCAGCCUCGCGCCGAGGGGGACACGGCCGCCCCAGCUCUUCCUGGCUCCCCCGCCGGCCCCGCCAUGGGCACCUGGCUGGGCCGACUCUUCGGAGCCACCUGCCCRGCAGCCGGAGGCUUCGCGCUCAGCCCGGACGCCCCCAGGUCCAGCUUCCGCAAGGGCGAAGUGCUGCAGCUGCUGGGCACCGUGGACGAGGACUGGAUCCGCUGCUGCCGCGGCGGCGCCACGGGCCUGGUACCCGUGGGCUACACGUCGCUGGUGCUGUGAGCGGGCGCGGGCGCCGCUCUGCUCCGCACGGCCCCGCGCACCCUGCGCUGUCCCUGCACUCUGUAAAUAGCCACUGCCCAAGGAACCCGCUCAUUCCGGGGAACAGCUGGAAAUAAAGAUUGUGACUCCUGUGCACCCGGGUCAUUGCGGCUCCAUCCUGGUGAUCCUGGGCUCGCUGAGCUGCCUGGUCCGAAUCCAGGAAAGCCGAGAGCAGCAGGGUCCGAGGGUCUGCUUUAGAGCCCRACACUCGUUUGCGACCAAACUCCACGGUUCACCCUUGGAAAGUGCCCCAUUUCAGGGGCAAAGGCACUGCCUUCUGCUCCAAAGCA